AUGUCGAGGUAUAAAUGGCUGAUGUCUGAGACAAGAGAAAAGUCUGACGAAAGAUUAAAACAAAUAUUAGACAUUCGUUUUAAACGUAAUAAACCAGAAAGAAAAUCUGAUCAUGAACAAUAUCCAGAAAUAUUAACUGAAUUACAGAAUUUAUCAAAUACACAUAGUGGUUCUGCGCAAGACAGACGACGAGAUGAUUUCACUCGUUUCAACGGUUUAUCAGCAGUCGACUGUAACAAACAUAUUAAACAGCGUUUAAUUAAAUGA